ACUCUUGCGUGUCUUCCGACCGCGCCCCGGGAAGCUAUCCUAAGUAUGGAACCUCUGUGCGUAGUUAUUCCGGAUUAACUACCUCUGAAGAACUCGCACAAUUAGCACGGCGUGGUCGUGUGUGUGUAGGCGGGCUAAGCUUUGGCCAGCCCCUCCCUCGUGUCGCUGGAGGAGUUUUAUCUUCUCCUCGCAUCGCCCAUCUGGGUGGGAGUCUCCUGUCUCCACCUCGUUGGGGAAAGCGAGCGUUGAGGCAGAGAUUCAUGGCUGGCACUGGAUUGAGAGGCCGGGCUUGAGGGAACAACGGGGACGGGGCGGAUCUCUCCAGCACCGGACACAAAGCGUCGGCGCCGCCUCCGCUCCCACCGCCCGUUUUCGCAGCCCGUGAGAAGGAGAAGGCAGCCGCGGGUCGCGCCCGGCCCUGCCCGUCUUCCCUCCUAGCGUAUGAGUCAGGUAUUUCCCAGCUUGCCAGCGGCAGCGGUAACUCUCUGUGGCCGAGGCCGGAGCAGCUGCCUCAGACUCUCCCUGCGAACUCCAUGGAGAAGACAGCGGCGACGGCGCAGAGCGGCGUGGACGUCGUAGCCGCUCCAGCAAACAGCGGCGGCGGCGGCAGUAACAGCAGCAGCCGGAGUAGCAGCCGCCCCACCUCGGCAGGCUCUUCUCCUUGCUCCUCCGCCAUUCGGGGGCUCCCGGGUUGGCAAGGAGCGGCGGCGGCACCAACUGGGAGGCCGGAUAGAGGUGGCGGGAGCAGCAGCAGCCCCAGUUCAGCGGCGGCCAGUCCGGGAGGGAGCACUGGCGGCACUGGCGGGGGGCUGGCGGCAGGCAGGAAGACGGAGACGGUGCUCGAGGGCUCCUUGAGCAAAUACACCAACCUCAUCCAAGGCUGGCAAAGCAGGUACUUCAUACUGGAUUUUGAGACUGGAAUUCUACAAUAUUUUGUGAAUGAACAAAGUAAAAAUCAGAAGCCACGAGGGUUGUUAUCGUUAGCUGGGGCUGUAGUUUCUCUCAGUGAUGAAGCUCCAAACAUGUUGGUGGUAUACUCUGCUAAUGGAGAAAUGUAUAAACUGAGAGCUGGUGAUACAAAGGAGAGGCAGUACUGGGUGGCUCAGCUCCGAUCCUGUGCCAAGUACCAUACGGAAAAUAAUUUGAAGAGUACUCCGACCUCACGAAUGAAAAGUUUAUCUUUGUUGCCUCAUGGAGCAGCCAAUUCUACAUCUUUGAGUUCUCAGAAAAGCCUGAAUCAGAGUGGGCCACCGGUUGUCACCAUUACACACCACAAGUCACCUGCAGCAGCCCGGAGAGCCAAGAACCAGUGUCCUGGCCAGCUUCAUGAAGUCAGAGAGAUCAUGAACCAGGUGGAGGGACAACAGAAGAGCCUUGUGCAAGCCAUUGAAUCUCUCCCAGGUUCUGGUCCUCUUUCUGCCUUGGAUCAAGACCUGCUUCUUUUAAAAGCUACCUCUGCUGCCACCCUCAGCUGCCUUGGAGAAUGCCUGCAUAUGCUACAACAGAGCAUAAACCAAGUGAACCAACACUGUAACAAGACAUUGUCUUCAGAAAACAUUCUAGGAUGGCAAGGGCCAAAGUCACAUUCCACAGAACAACUGAAAAAUGGUGCCGUAAGUUCCUUGACAGCUGCUAGCUCCAAUCUAACAUGGCCAGUAGUCCCAACUAUGACACAAGAUGGACAAACCCUGUCAUCUCUAUUGUGUUCAACUCGUGAAUUGAUCCUGGUUGAAGAUGAGGCGACAGAUAAUGAAGAUAAUGCAGAGGAUGAUUUAGGAGUAAUGGAAGAUCAGCGUAGUAUAAUUCUUCACCUCAUUUCACAACUCAAACUUGGAAUGGACCUAACCAGGGUAGUCCUUCCAACCUUUAUUUUGGAGAAGAGGUCCCUGCUGGAGAUGUAUGCCAACUUCUUGGCCCAUCCAGACCUGUUUUUGACUGUUUCAUCUGGAACCACUCCUGAAGAAAGAAUAAUUUACUUUGUGGAGUAUUACUUAACAGCCUUUCACGAAGGCCGAAAAGGAGCUGUUGCCAAGAAGCCCUAUAACCCAAUUAUUGGAGAAACUUUUCAUUGCUCUUGGGAUGUGCCAAAAGACAAAGUGAAGCAGUUGAGAACUAACUGUGCCUCUCCGGGUCUCAAGGGCCAGGCAUCAUUUGAAUGCUAUAAGCUGAGGUUUGUAGCAGAACAAGUAUCCCAUCACCCACCAAUAUCUUGCUUUUACUGUGAGUGCAAGGAGAAGAAGAUGUGUGCAAAUGUUCAUGUAUGGACCAAAAGCAAGUUCAUGGGAAUGUCUAUAGGUGUUUCUAUGGUAGGUGAAGGCAUUCUUUAUUUAUUGGAACAUGAGGAGGAAUAUGUGUUCACACUACCUUGUGCCUAUGCGCGCUCUAUACUUACCAUUCCUUGGGUGGAGCUUGGAGGUAAAGUCAACAUUCACUGUGCCAAGAGCGGCUACUCUGCUACUGUCACAUUCCACACCAAGCCUUUCUAUGGGGGAAAAGUACACAGGGUUACAGCAGAGGUGAAGCAUAAUCCCACCAAUACCAUAGUGUGCAAGGCACAAGGGGAGUGGAAUGGCACGCUGGAGUUUACGUAUAGCAAUGGAGAAACCAAAGUAAUUGACACCACCAAGCUACCCAUAAUUCGCAAGAAGAUCAGACCAGUAGCAAAACAAGGUCCGUUUGAAUCAAGGCAUCUUUGGCAGCAUGUUACCAAUGCCCUGAAAGAAGGCAACAUCACGGUAGCAACAGACCAUAAGCAAAUCCUUGAGGAGAGGCAGCGAGUAGAGGAGAGGCAGCGAGCAACUAGCAAUACACCCUGGAAGCCAAAGUAUUUUAUCAAAGAGGGUGAUGGAUGGAUAUACUUUGAUCCCCUCUGGAAAGCUCAUUGAUAAGCUCACCUGGACUCAGAAGCAGCCCAUUUUCUAAAGGCAUUAAAAAGAUGCACUUUUUAAAUUUCAGGUGUGAUCAAGUCUUGCUACAAAAGCUGCAUACUGUGAAUGAUGCAGCUUGAAACAAUUAAAAGUUCAAGUUUAUUGAAGAGCCAUUUUGUGCGCAUAUUAGACGUGCACACUUAAUGUGUACUGAUAUAUAGAAUCCUAUUAUAUAACCACCACACACACACACACACACACACAAUGGACAAUGGUUAAAGGUUUGACCUUUGUGCACUGAAGUCCAUGUCCAUCACAGUGCUUACAGGAUCAGCCUUCAUCUUGGUAAUUAACGCUUUUAUUAUUAUUCAUUGAGGUUUUCUAUUUUUCACAUUGCCAAAAAGUUUUGCACUUAAAGCCACUUGACACUGACAGCAGUUUCUUGGUCAAGCCUGUGACUUAAAUAGCUUGCUUUAUUUGACACAAAAAUAUUUUCUUUGUGUAUCCAUGUAUUAGCAUGUUUCUGUCUUUGUGACUCGUUCUCAAGCAUUCUUUCCUGGCAUCUUGUAGUAAGACAGGAAUACCUAAGCAGACUUGCUCAUCUGUUGUCCUCACCUUUCUAACUCCUUGUUUUAUGUGCCCAUUUGUCAUUCUUUCUUUUGCCUUUUUUGAGACUUUGGGCCUCUUGGCAAGUCACUUGCCUGUGGAUGCACCAGAGACUUCUGUGAUAACAUGCUUUAUAGGCUAUUAAUUGUUUCAAGUUUGAGGUAGUUCUGUCUGUAUGCUAUUAUUCUAGCUAUAUUAAUUGCUUUGAUACUUUCCUGUAUAGGGGAAGUAUAUGUCUAGCCUCUGAAGACAAUAUCAGUUUUAGAAAAUUAAUAUAGAUGCUGAGAUUGUAUUUCUUGGCAAAAGUAAGGGCUUUAGAAAGUGUGGGGGAAAGAAUCCUGCACCAUAACUUUUGUAGUAUAAAAGAGGCAAGCUGAAGUGUUAAGUGACACUGUAGGUAGUUGGAGAACUUAUCCUUUCUGCUAUUAAGUUCAUUUUUGUAGCAAACUUAUGGGGCCUAACUGGUUCUGAAUACGGCUUAUCAGAUGUUAGGAGGAUAGAAUAGGGGAGUAAAUCCACCACCACCCAUUUCCCAUCACCUGUUUAAUGGUCUUUACAGUAGCCCUAGAAGUUGGAUCAGGCAGGGAAAUUGUGGGCACAUCAGUUUCUUGCUAGAGAUGGCUGGAAAAACAUUGGUUCUAUCAAGGUGAUGGAGAUCCAUGUGUAUUCCUAAGCUGCUAAUGGUUCAACAGGUCAACAUUUGUUUGAUUUGCAAUUACUUUAUGGCUCUCAUGUAUUUUUAACAUAUGUUGUGCCAUUCAUACCCAUGAAUCCUAUUGGGAGGGAACUGCAAAAUCUGUUGCAAAUGGUCACAUGAAUCUACCAUGAGACCACACCUUUAAUAAGUGAAAGAGGACUAAAUUCUAGUUGUGCUUUAGUUGUAGCUGUACUUUCCCUCAUAUAUUCUAAUGGUAAAAUAGGUUUGAUUUAAAUUAAUGCACCAGUGUCUAAUGUUCUCUGCUGAGUCCGUUAAAUCAGAUUGACAGUGCCCCUUUGUUGUUCUAUGUUUUAGUUAUGAAUGCUGAUUUUUACAUUGUAUUAGUUUGUGCCAUGUCUGCUUUAAUUCACUACUCACAAUUUAUAUAUUAAAAAAGGAAAGAUAUAUACUAGUUCGCUUUUAAAUAUUUUUUUCAGCAGAAAUCGAAGUUGGCAGUCCUAACUAUACACAUGUAUCUAUUUAAAGCAAUGUAUUACAGCUUUGCAUUAUCCUGGCUUUUAACUUUUAGAUUUAAAGAGCAUCAACACUCACCUGAAUACCUAAAAAUCAAGCUCAGCUUUUGACCCUGCUUAUUGUAUACUUGCCUCAGCAUAUGAAAGCCAUUGUAUUUAUAAAAGCAAAAUUUUCUUACAUGCGUUUAAACCUGAUUUUAAAAGAAAAAACUGAACAUCCUCAACGUAAUGUAUAGAAAUCUUGUUUUAAAAGGAAAGGUUUUAUAGAUAAUGAUUUUUGUUGUCAAAUCUUAAGUAUGAAUGGUCUCUAGUUGCAGUAGAACCUGAUUUGCACUGCUUGUAUAAACUCUUGUUUUAAAGAGAUUAGCUGUUUAAGUCAUUGGUAAACCGCAAGUUAACAAAUCCUUUCAAAGUUUCCUGAAAUCAGAAGAUAUCACUUCUCAGUACUUUAUUUUGCUCAUUCACCAAAGAACUUGUUACUUCCUUAGAUUACAUUAUUAAUGUUAAUUUAAAUGUCUGGGUUGUAUUUUCCUUUGCUGAUUUGAAAAUGGUUAUCAGUGCUAUAGGAUAUAGCUAUGUUUGAAAUAACACUUUAUAAUUCUGGUGUGUCUGAAUCUUUUCCAUACAGUCACUUCACACUACAUGAUAAAAACACCUUUUUAUGUUCUGGUAAAUAUCUUACUUUCCUCAUGUUGUCAGUUAAACACCUGCUGCCACUAUUGAAAUCUGCCAGAAUUUAUUUUCCAAGACCAAGAGAGAGAGGCUCAUAUUUGGAUAAUAUUAAUCAACAAAAGAUUCCAAACAGGAAGCCAGGCGAACUUCCCCUUCCUUUCCAGUUUUAUGUACUGCUCCGUGUAUUUCACAAUUAUGAGAGUUUGUUUUGGAACAUGAAAAAGCAACAUGCCUUAUUUGUAAGUCAUUUCAUGUUUGUCUUGCAUCUGCAAUGGAAUACUUCCUUUCAGUGUAGAUGCUGUACACUUUGAAUUGUAAUUUAAAUUUUGAUGUACUUACAGUUAACCUUUGUGCACAGCUGUAGGAUCUAUGCAAACUUUUCUUAAAUAGAACUGUUCACAAACAAGUUUAUACUUAUUUGUUUAAGAUCCAAUUUUCUGGCAGUCACUUUUGAUUAGCCUUCCUUUCAUAAUUUUGUGAAUGAAAAUCAAACUGAAAACACUCAAUAAAUUUUAUUUGAAUAUG